AUGUCGCAAUCGACAGGGCUAAAAGGAAGAACCGCAGGGAGCUUCUCGCCCGUGGUUCCCCCAUCGCAGUCCCAAGCAGCAGCAGCUUCGGCUUCAGCUUCAGCUUCAGCGACAGCGACAGCGACCUCGUUGGCAGCAGGAACACGAACGUCUACAGAUCUUUCCUCCGAUUCCGACGACUCCACGCGCCUCACUCUCCCGGUCUCGAAGCCGCGAGCGCAGUCACAGCAACACCAGAAUGCGCAUGUGCCCGUCGGUGUCCCUCGCCCAAACACACUCACGAACACUGGCACAGCCAGUCUCCAGAACUUCUCUCGUCCGACGCCGCCAGCGCAAUCAACACAUAGUCCUCGUACGGACCUGCCGCUGAGAAAUGCAUCGCCGUUAAUCAGUGCGGGCAAAUCUGCGACUGGUAAUAGCGAUUCCCAUUCCCAUCGCGGACACGGCAGGAAACAUUCGCAGACCCAAGGCUUGUUCGAGCCGUUUCUGCCUACGGCGGCGACUUCGAACUUAAGCAACAUGGCGAAUAUAAAUACGGGGUUGACUGCCAGCCAAAUUGCAGCACAAGCUGCUAUGCAGCACCAAACGCAUAAUCGACAGAGAUCACAGACCGUUCCGGCGCCUCAUAACGAUUCGAGCUCGAAUGGUUCUGGCAGCCGGAGACCUAGUCGAGGUCCGGUGAGCCCGCCUGUGCUAAGUCUGACAGAAGCAUCCGCGCCGAGAGAGAGCGGUUUUGGGGGGCAAGUAUAUCAUAAUGGGCUGCUUGCUGGUGGCAACCAAAGCGCGGCGCAGACAGCGGCCAACAUCGUGUUUCCUAGGUCUCCGGUCUCCUCUCCUGGACUGCCUCCCGCGGAAUACGAGCACCGGAUGCAUCAAGAUAAGCCCCCCAAGACAGAGAAGAGCAAGGUCAAGUUAUUUUCUAGGCCAGGAAAGAUAGGUAUAAGUAAAGACAAGGAUGCCAGAGCCGGAGCAUUGCCAAGUCCCAGUAAGAUGGCCUCCUAUACCUUGGGUUCCCUCCAACGAGCGAAUUUUAGUACCAACAGUUUAUUAGAUAACAUGUCGUCCACAUCCAGCAUGUAUAGCAUGGCCAAUUCCUCGUCGGCGACCAUCCGGGCUAUUGAGAACCCCCCUACGGAAAAGGAAGCCUCAAAGGAGAAAGAAAAACGACACAACUUUUUGUCCAGGCAAAAACACAAGUUGAGUAGCAAGGAUGACCAUAAUUUACCUUUAUCUUCGGCGGCCAGCAAUUCCAGGCCAAUGGAUCCAAGCGCCCCGAGUAGUUUGUACAACUUUAACCUACCUCCGAGUCCAGCACCUACGUCGACGAGUUUUGCAAAGAGCAUGAGUGGAUUGGAUCUGAGACAUGGUGGGAGGGCUUUGAGAGAGAAGAAGAAGGAAGAGAAGUCAGAUGCAUUAAGGGAGAGUGAGUUAUCGUAUCAGAAUAACAAUGAAUGGCCCGCUCCAUCUAGUCUGGGCUCUGGAACCAACUCAUAUCUAAGCUCCACGAGUUCAGGGUAUGCUUACCCAGGUAGUAUUUAUGGCAACGAGACAGCGCAGGAGCUUGGGAAGUACGGGCUCAAUAAUAUGGCAGCGGAUGAUGCCUGGCCUUUUUUGAAGACAAAGCUGCUUAUUAUCUUCGAGGGAGAGGAUUUGCGGUUACCGGUAGAGGAUUUCAACCGUCUUGUCACUAUUCACAUCCAACGCUGUAUUCACAAGCGAGCCCCGAACAUCAUCGUCGAGGACCUCCGCGAGCUACUUGUCGCAGGAUUUGGUUCCCUAGACAACACCCUACGGCGAACACCAGAUGACCGUCUUAUCCCCCAUCUGGUGGAGAUGUGGCUCUUUACCUUCACCUCAAUCCUGCCAUACAUGCAGGCAGUUUUCCUCCCCCUAGAUCUCGAAUUUAGCGGCCAUGGCCCCUUGAUGUCCUCAGAAACGGCGCGAGAUUUCUGGGGUGCGCUGCCCUCCUCUUCAAAUGGCGACAUCCCCGCCUCCCAAGCCCUAGAAGUUCGCCGAAUAGUCCUCCUUUCAUACCGAGACACCGUGAUUCUUCCCCGGUUCGAAACGCUCAAAACAAUAUUUUCCCGGCUCUCCUUGGAGUCAAUAUCUCUCGCUCUUCCCCCAACUGAUAUUUUUUCCACAUCUCCCGACUCAUUUGGUCGCCCCUCAACAGCAAUGUCACUUGACCCUUCAUUAGCCUCUUAUAGCUCGCAGUCCACUACUCUAGGUGGUGGCUCCUCCGGAGAUGGCAGCGGCAACCGCUCACGUGCGAUCUCGAACGUAUCGUACGGCUCGGACCCAUCAUCCCUCUCUAAUGCCAGCACUGCAGCUGGCCUAGGAAUCGCGAACCUCCCACGGCCAUUCACACCCUCCUCGGGCUACCCUCUAAAUGCCCGCGGUCAGCGAGAGAAAACUGUUGAGGACUCUGGUAAACAGCUGACUGAGACCGUUGGGAGGAUGCUGCAGUGUAUGAGUGUUCUUGCAAGUGUGGGUGUUGGCGGUGGUGGUGAUGAGAGUGCUCAGAAGAAGAUGGAGGAGCUGACUAGGGGGUUGAAGUUGAACUGGCUUGGGAGGGGGAGGAUGGGGAGGAAUAGGAGAGGGUUGGUUGGUGCGAGAGUUCCUGGGACAGGGACGAGAGGGGAGGGUAUUGCCGCGUAA